UUUAGCUUUGUCUUAAACGCGCUAACGUAUGCACGCCUAAUACCGUCCUUACCGCCUCGCUUUCGUUAAAUGAGAUUUUUAAAGAAAAUUCGAAACGGGAUACUUCCUGUAGUUAACUGUAACUUUUGCCCCCUCUCAACAUUUCCCCUGCAUGUUAAAGGUCUACCUUUACCCCGUUCGGACAAGGGACGUUGUACAUGGGUGACAGUUCAACGAGGGAUUAAAACGAUAAGGGAUGACCAAAGGCGAGAACUCAGAAAACACCUGCAGUCCUUUUCAUCUCAUAGGACUUGGGCCCAAAUUCUCUGAGGAGGCCGCGUCCACCACGCCGACUAAGGGCGAGGCCCGCCGCGGGCUGCCACUGCGCGUGCGCAGUGCCUACACUCCCGGCCGGCCCGCCUGUGCAGGGCCGUGCGCAUGCGCUGGCAUCCCUGUGUCUGCGGUCAGAUAGCACCCUAGACCACCGGGUGAUCGUCCCUUGCCGCGUAGCUGCUGGAGCACAACGGUGAGCCGCACUGCCCGGAUCCUGGAGGCCCGUCCUGCUGCCUGGCCCUGAGCCCAGCCCGACGCGCGCAGCUGCGACGCUUGGCAGCCCCGCAGUGCCGCCUGACUCUGGGUGUGGGACGCUCCGCCGCGGGGCCAGCAUCACUGUGCGGACGCUGGUCCGCCCGCGGCCGCCGGCUGUUUGGGGCUGCAGGGGCAGGCGGCCCACGGGGGCGCCUCCGUGGGCGCCGCGUCCAGUUUCCGUCGCUCCAGCCCCUUCCCGCGCAGCGCAGCUCAUCUCCGUGCGCCCGACGGGCCCGCGCCCUAGCCGGGCCGGGCGCGCAGAGCGGGGCUGUGGUUCGGCCCGCUGGAGCCGGAGGCAGUACCCAGCCCUCUGGUCCCUCGUAGCGCAGCGCCCACCCGGGGAGGAGGAGGAGAAAGGAGGAGGAGCGAGCCUUGCUGACACUGGCCCCAGCCCAACGCGGCCGGCGGUGCGAUGAGCUUCUUCGGCUUUGGACAGAGCGUGGAGGUGGAGAUCCUGCUGAGCGAUGCAGAGAGCAGGAAGCGGGCCGAGCACAAAACGGAGGACGGCAAGAAGGAGAAGUAUUUCCUCUUCUACGACGGGGAGACGGUCUCCGGGAAGGUGAGCCUCGUGCUCAAGAACCCCAACAAGCGGCUGGAGCAUCAGGGCAUCAAGAUCGAGUUUAUUGGGCAGAUCGAACUCUACUAUGACCGUGGGAACCACCAUGAGUUUGUGUCCCUGGUGAAGGACCUGGCCCGGCCCGGAGAGAUCACCCAGUCACAGGCCUUUGACUUUGAAUUCACCCACGUGGAGAAGCCGUAUGAAUCCUACACAGGGCAGAACGUGAAGCUACGGUAUUUUCUUCGAGCCACCAUCAGCCGCCGCCUCAACGAUGUUGUCAAAGAGAUGGACAUUGUCGUUCACACACUCAGCACAUACCCGGAACUGAACUCUUCCAUCAAGAUGGAAGUUGGGAUUGAGGACUGUCUGCACAUUGAAUUUGAAUACAAUAAAUCCAAAUACCACUUGAAAGAUGUCAUUGUAGGGAAGAUAUACUUCCUACUGGUGCGAAUCAAGAUCAAGCACAUGGAGAUAGACAUCAUCAAGCGGGAGACAACUGGGACAGGCCCCAAUGUCUAUCACGAGAAUGACACCAUCGCCAAGUAUGAGAUCAUGGAUGGGGCACCCGUGAGAGGCGAGUCCAUCCCGAUCCGGCUCUUCCUGGCGGGGUACGAGCUCACCCCCACCAUGCGGGACAUUAACAAGAAGUUCUCAGUGCGCUAUUACCUCAACCUGGUGCUGAUUGAUGAGGAAGAACGGCGCUACUUCAAACAGCAGGAAGUGGUGUUGUGGCGGAAGGGUGACAUCAUGCGGAAGAGCAUGUCCCACCAGGCAGCCAUGGCCUCACAGCGCUUCGAGGGCACAGCCUCCCUGGGUGAGGUGCGGGCCCCCAGCCAGCUGUCCAACAACAACAACAGGCAGUAGGCCCAGGGCCAAGGCGCUGCUGGGCCUCUACCCCAGCACCCCCAUCUACCAAACACCAGCGGCUAGAGGGGGCAGGGAAGGAGGGUGUGCUGCUCAGCUGACCUGUUACAUGCAACCUGAAAAAAAAAAAAAUCAUGUUUUUGACUUAAA